AUGCCCGAGGUAAUGAUAUGUGGUAUACCUGUUAGUUUUCCCUUUGAACCCUAUGAUGUACAAAAAGCAUACAUGGAAAAAGUAAUUGAAUGCUUGCAAAACAACAGCAACGCCUUACUUGAGUCACCGACUGGAACUGGAAAGACUCUAUGUUUACUCUGCUCCUCACUGGCAUGGUUGUUGGUAAAGAAAGCGCAGUUGCAAAUGAACGCACAAGUAGGAAAUUUUUCGGAGCAUAGUGGUGCCGGUUUUAGUAAUACCUUGAGAGAAAAUUUAAAAACUGGUACUGGAAAAGCAAAAGACAACACAUCAUGGGGUAUGCCAAAAAUUAUUUAUUCAUCACGAACACAUUCACAACUUACACAAGCAAUGCAGGAGUUAAAACGAUCUAGUUACCGGCAUGUGAAAGCAGCAGUAUUAGGUUCAAGAGAUCAAAUGUGCAUUCACCCGGAAGUUUCUAAAGAGACCAAUAAUAUGAAUAAAGUGCACAUGUGUCAACUGAGGGUCAAAUCAAGAACAUGUUUUUUUUAUAACAAUGUCGAGUCUAAGAAAGAAGAUAGGUCUGUAAAGGGUGAAGAAAUCUUGGACAUUGAAGAUUUGGUUAGUGUCGGUAAAAAAUUAAAAUGUUGCCCUUACUAUUUGUCAAAAGAGCUGAAGCAAGAUGCAGACAUAAUUUUUAUGCCAUACAACUAUAUAUUGGAUCCAAAAUCAAGAAAAGCGAAUGGAGUGGAAUUGAUGAAUAACAUUGUUAUUUUAGAUGAAGCACAUAAUGUGGAAAAAAUGUGUGAAGAAUCUGCUUCAUUACAAAUUCGUACUACAGAUGUUGCUUUGUGUAUAGAUGAAAUAACACAUGUCAUGAAGUCAUUUAGCGAAAACAGUGAAGAAAUGGAUGCAACUAUUGACAACAAUCAGCCUAAAGACUUCACAUGUGACGAUUUAUGUGUAUUGAAAGAAAUGAUGUUGGCUCUAGAGAAAGCUAUUGAUGAAAUUGAUGUAGGCAACGAGGGGAUGACUUACCCCGGUGGUUUUAUUUUUGAACUACUUUCAAAAGCUGAGAUUAAAGAUCACAAUCAAAUGGCUGUCAUCACUAUGAUAGAGAAUCUUAUUCAAUAUCUGUCUACAGCCAGUGCAUCUCCAUUCCAACGUAAAGGGGUGGGAUUGCAGAAAAUUGUGGAUUUGUUGAAUGUUGUGUUUAGUGGCACUACACAUGCCUAUAAAGAGCGUGUAAAAUUAUGCUACAAAGUACACAUUCAUAUAGAUGAUAAAAAAACUAAGAAAUCCGAUAGUUGGGGUGCUUUAAAAGUGACCAGUGCUAAGUCCAGUGAAAGGGUUCUCAGUUACUGGUGCUUUAGUCCUGGUUUUGGUAUGAAGCAGUUACUAGAGCAAAAUGUCAGAAGCAUAAUUUUAACCAGUGGCACACUCGCUCCUUUAAAACCCCUUAUGUCUGAAUUAGGUAUACCAAUCGGAGUACAGUUAGAGAAUCCUCAUAUUAUAAAAUCUAAUCAGAUAUGUGUUAAAAUAAUUAGUCAAGGUCCUGAUUCCACCCCUUUAAACUCAAGCUAUCAAAAUAGAGACAAUCCUAAGUACAUUACUUCUUUGGGUAGAACAAUUUUGAGUUUUAGCAGGGUAGUUCCUGAUGGGCUGUUAGUUUUCUUUCCCUCUUAUCCAAUUAUGUCAAAAUGUCAAGAGAUGUGGCAAAAUGAAGGUAUUUGGUCAAGUAUAAACAACAUAAAACAAAUAUUUGUUGAACCUCAACGUAAAGAUACUUUUAAUGCAAUUAUAAAUGAUUACUACAGUAAAAUAAGUGAUCCCAAUACAAAAGGUGCUUGUUUCAUGGCAGUAUGCAGAGGGAAAGUAUCAGAAGGUUUAGACUUUGCAGAUAUGAAUGGGAGAGCUGUUAUUAUUACUGGACUACCCUUUCCACCAUUAAAGGAUCCACGGAUUAUUCUAAAAAAGAAAUAUUUAGAAGAACUUAGAAUCAAAGAUAAAGAGUACUUAUCUGGUGAUGAAUGGUAUGCUUUAGAAGCAACAAGAGCAGUCAAUCAAGCAAUUGGAAGAGUAAUUAGACAUCAAAAUGACUAUGGUGCCAUUUUACUAUGUGACAGUAGAUUUAAUAGUCCCAAAUUAAAAAACCAACUGUCUGCAUGGCUUAGAGAUUACAUUAACCUAUCAAAUAAAUUUGGUGAAACUGUAAGUGAAAUCUGUAGAUUCUUUAAAAAUGCUGAAUCUUCUUUGCCUGCUCCAAGAUUAAAGCCACUAUAUCCACAUGAGUCUAAUAUAAAUUACAAGGAUAACAAUAUAGCAAUGACCAAAGGUGUUUCGUUUCCAUCUGCAAACACAAGAACUAUAAAUAAGAAUACAAAUAAAAAGUCAGUGAAUGAAUAUCCAAACUCUAAUGAAGUGUAUGCCGAUUUUUCUAUGGAUUUUUACAAAAAUGCUCAAGCAUCAUCAUAUCUAAAUGAAUUUAGGCCAAAAGAAACUAGAGAUCUUUUCAAUGCUCUAGAUAGUAGUAGUGAUUCUAUACAACAAACAUCACAAUCUCUGGUAUCUAUACAUAAAAGAAAUGCUGAUGAAAUCAAUGUUAGUACUGUUACUAGAAAAAAGAAGUUAAAAAUAAAGGCAUUUGGUUUUGAUGAAAACCUUCACAAGAGUAGCACCAUAAGUACCAGUAAUACAGAGAAAGUGGCCCCUGAAUCUCUAAUCGAUUUUGUCAAGGAGAUAAAAGUGCUUUUAGAUACAGACCAAUAUAAAAACUUUCAGUCAUCUAUAUCUGCAUAUAAAAAAGAAGGCGACUAUGUAAAAUUAUUGAAAACAUUAUCUGAUUUACUUGAAACCAGAAAGUUAUUUUAUCUGUUCAAAGGUAUGAAACGAUUUCUUAAAGAGGAACAUAAAAAUAUAUUUCAGGAAUACUGUGAUAAUGUGCAGUUAAAUAGUUAA